AUGGCUCCAUUUCCACUUAUUAAAUUGGCAAUUGUCUUUUUCAAACAAAUAAGCAAACCACUUGCUAAUCAGAUUAAAACACGAGCAAAAAAUAGUGAAUUUUUCAAGAAAUAUAUUUGUAUGCCUCCAGCUCAAUUUUAUCAUUGGUAUGAUGUUAAUCUUCGGAUGAAAUUAUUGGGAAUUAAAACAAAAAAUGUUGCAAAAAUGAACGAAGCAGCUGCUGUUGAACUUGGUGCUGAUAUUUUAGGAGAAGUUGUUAUAUUAAGUGUUGCAAUUGGUGCUCUUGCACUUGAAUAUGGAAGACGAUCUAAAAAUGAUAGUGAUAAAGAAGUUCGUCAACAAGAAAGAUUAUUAAAUAUUGAAAAACAAAUAUCAGAAUUUGAAACAAUAGUCAAGGAUCAAUCAUCUCAUUUGUUAAAACUAAAAGAAUUAAUUCAAAAUAAAACAUCAUCAACAUCAAAUUCAUCUUCAUCUACAAAAUAA